AUGAAUGGAUUUGCCCCCUCGAGGCUCUCCCUCUCUCACGAGGAGAAGCUCAUCCUGAUCGAGGAGAGGUCGCUAUCCGAUGUAGAGAGCGAGAGCGGCCGGGUGGAUCUGGAUUCGCGGUACUCGAAACCGCAAUGGAUGAACAACGUGGGAGUGUACUGUCGAAGCUCACGGCUCUCAUCAUGGACAUCAACAUUACUACGGGUCGCGAUAUUUCUCCUCCCGAGCUUCGUCCAGCACAGAUUCUCACAUGAAAGAGCUAGGAGCGACAGAGUCGGGCCAACAGCAUAUCUCGACGGUCUCCGAGGACUGGCGGCUCUGUUUGUCUUCUUCUGCCACUACUUCUACACCGCGUUCAGUAUAGCCGACGGGUACGGAGCGAACGGCGGCAACUACAUCUUCUGGAAGCUCCCGUUCGUACGCCUUCUAUACAGCGGACCCUCGAUGGUCUGUCUCUUCUUUGUCAUAUCGGGCUACGCCCUGUCCUUGAAGCCUCUGAAGCAGAUCCGCAGUCGGUCCUUCGAUGGCUUCGCCAACACCAUGUCUUCCUUUGUAUUCCGACGCGCCUUUCGCUUGUUCCUCCCGACCGCGAUAUCAACCCUGAUGGUGGUCGUCCUCCUUCAGCUCGGAGUCUACGAGAGGACCCGGGACUUCGCAAACGACAAGCAUUAUAUUCGCAACGUGGUAGAAACGCAUCCGCUGCAGGCCGAGAGCCUCAAAUGGCAGCUACACCACUGGGCGUCGGAGAUGUUUGACUUUAUUCAUGUCUGGGGCUGGGAGAAGUUUGGAGGCUCCACCAUGUACGACGUGCACCUGUGGACGAUCCCCGUCGAGUACCGGUGCUCCAUGAUGCUGUUCUUGGUGCUAUUCGGGCUCGCCCGACUCCGGACCGGCGUCCGGUUCUUCUGCCUGGCCGUCAUCACGUGGUUCUCGCUGCGCAACGACCGCUGGGAGAUGGUCCUGUUCCUGGCCGGCAUGGCCCUUGCGGAGAUGGAUCUGAUCCGCGGCGUCCACAACCAGCCGCCGCCGCAGGCCUUGACGAGCCCCGUGCUGCCGCUCUCGGAGAAGCCGAGCCACAAGCCGCGCGACCCGAAGCGGCACCUGUGGAUCGCCCUCUCCAUCCCCGCCAUGUACCUCAUGUCGCAGCCCGACACGGGCACCGAAGGCGUCCCCGGGUGGCAGCUCCUGGGGUCCCUGAUCCCCGAGUACUUCUCGGACAAGUACCGGUACUGGCAGAUGUGGGGCGGGAUCCUGUUCGUCUUCUGCGUGGCGCGGUCGCCGCCGCUGCAGCGCGUUUUCACCACGCCCGUGGUGCAGUACUUUGGCCGCAUCAGCUACGCGCUCUACCUGAUGCACGGCCCCGUCAUCCACACGGCCGGCUACAUGGUCGAGCGCUGGGCCUGGUCCGUCACGGGCACCGACGGGGCCGCCUACACCCGGGGCUUCAUGCUCGCCAGCGCCUUCAACAUCCCGCUCGUCAUCUGGGCCGCCGACGUCUUCUGCAGGGCCUUCGACGUGCCCACGGUCAAGUUCGCCAAGUGGCUGGAGGGCAAGUGCUCGAUCAAGGAGUAA